AGUAAAACAUGUAUUAUUGACCGAUGUAAUAAUUCAGUGUUUACCAACAAUUCCAAAUUUAUUAUAACGCAAACAUUUAUCUGUUUCCUUAAAAAACAUAUAGCAUUAAUAACAUGUUUUGACGCCGAUGUCGACAAUAAAUUCUUAAUUAUCUGUGAAUGCAUAAAGAAGUUGUUUUCAAAGAAACUUUAUUUGUUAACAUUACGUACACUAGAAAAAUAAUUAAUUUUUGAUGUUGAAAUAUAAUAACCGUAUAUAAUGCAAAAUGAAAACUACGAGAUGUGUUGCAAUAAGAAUUUCAAUAUCAAUUUUUUUCUAAGCUCACUCUUAACAUAAUUAUACGCGUUCACGCAUGCUUAUAUGCAUGCUUAUGUCAGAUACUCUCAGUGAUAUCGCUCUAAUUCCAUAGCAUUACGAUUUAUAUUUAUUUCAAUCGAUGACAAUCGUUGAUUAUGCAUACGAAUCGAAUAUGCGACGACUCGGCGUAUUGUCGAUAAGAAAGGUCGUGGCCAUCGUGGAAGUUCAUCUUUGGCCGAGUGCGUUUAAUACCGCAACGAAAUUCGUCGAUCGCGUGUACGAUAAAUUGACAUGCUCUCUCUCUCUGACGGCAGUAGCACAUAAAACGUUUUCGGAAAAUUAUCUUUGGCUAAAAUAAUAAUUCUUUAUUACAAGUAUGCAAAGGUCAGUGCGCGAAAUUCUUUGUCUUCACGCAAAGUCCGAAUGUGUCCGCGUGAACAAAUUCGACGUCUAAUUGAGGCCAGGACCGCUAGUGUAUGAACGUCAUUGUUCUUAGCAAACAACAUGAUCUUCUGUCUUGCAUUUCCUCGGGUCAUUGUCGUGCCGUUCUAGAUUCCUAUUCCUUAGAUCUACUAUCCGUUAUCGUCGUCACAGCUGUUCGAGACGAAUCGUCUAAAAGAAAAUUGCCGGCUUGACACUUAAAAGCAAAAGAAUUACGAUUAGGCUGUAUGUUCAAUAAUAAUCGCGUUUGACAAAUAAUGUGCGAGUCACGGAGUACUUUGUGAAAACUUUAAAAUGUGUAAUCCAAUGUGAACUAUAUAACAGUCUGUUUAAUUUUUAUGAGUAUUGUUUGCGAGUUUAAAAAGUGAAUAAGUAUAAAAGAUUCAGUAUGGUGAGCACAAAUCCGCCUAUAGGGGCGGCCACCCUCAACCGCAUGAGAAACACAUUUUGUGGAGUACCAAAAGCUGAAAUUGAACGUAGAACUAAUGCGCUUUUGCAAUCCAUGACGAUUGAGGAACUUUAUACCGCAUUAGUGUAUAUGACACAACAUCAAAUUGGUUUUGAUGUUUCUAAAGAAUGUAGCCAAGAAUCUCUAUUGAAUCAUUUACAAAAUGCUUUCAAAAUCGAUAACAAAACGCAUGAGAGAGUGUUGGAACAAACGCGAAACCUUGAGCCACCAGAAUUACAUCUUAACAUUGAAGUAAUCGAAGCUAAAGAAUUAGUUUCGAAAGAUUCUAAUGGCAAAAGCGAUCCUUUCUGCGCUCUCUAUCUCGAAUCAGCGCCAACUAGAAGAUACAAUACUGCCGUAAAAACAUGUACAUUAAGUCCAAUUUGGGAAGAACACUUUGAAUUGCCAUUAGAAGAUCCUGAAAAUGAUAUCCUUUAUCUUGAAGUUUGGGAUUUUGAUGCUGCCGAAACUGUGCCUGAAAAAAUGAGCAAAGUUAAAGAUGUUAAAGGUGUUCGUGGCUUAGUUAAAUUAGCCAAAGAAAUAGCAGUCACGGCUACAACUGGUAGUCAUGAUAACGAAUUUAUUGGUCGAUGUCGGAUAUCAUUGAAGGAUAUACCAACAACAGGCCAUACUAUGUGGUACAGUCUAGAGAAGAAAAAUAAGACCAAACGUCGUGGUGUUGUAAAGCUGCGACUGGCCUUCAGCGCGGAACAUAAUGCACAAGUGGCCGCACAAGAACAUCGACACCUGUUAAGAGUGUUACUACUUCAUGAGAUUGAAAUGGAAAAAAUCGAAAAGUAUUGUUGGUGUGGUCGUUGGUCAGGACCAGCCGAAGCGCUUAUUCUUCAACAUAGUGCGCAACGUGGCUUACUAGCUAGAAAUCUCAUUCUGGCACAAUGGAUUGAAUAUGCAAGAAUUCAUCAGGAACACCCAUUAAGUUUCACGGUCUUUAAUAAGCUCGCGGUUGAUUUGCUCAGACCAAUGGACAACGACCUGUUUUCCGCUGAUGAAACAAAACUUUUUUGGAACGCCACGAAAAAAGUUUUAUUUUCAUGCUUAAACAGUAUACGAAAAAUUAGAAGAUUGAUUUUGGGGGACAAAAACACAAUAGUACAACUAUCCGCCAUUUUAGGGAUAUUGUCAUCUAUAUCCUCUCUAAAAGUUCCUGAGGACAUUGACCUCUUUCCUGCCAAAAUGUAUUCUUGGUUUCCUGAACAUGAUGAUACAAAAGUAGACAUACUGCAAAGUUUGGAAUACACUAUUGUACAAGGCUGUACUGAAUGGUUUGAACACAUCGUAAGCAAUAAUUCUCCCGAUACAGAUUCAGACGAGGAUGCACUUAGGUAUCAAAUUAAAGUAAUUCAAUUGAUUAGAGCAGAUUUACAGAAAGCUAUUGAUAAUUAUGACAAAAUCUUUAUAAGAAGAGUCAACGUUCCAUAUGCAAGAACAAUGUAUAUCGCCUAUGCAAAGAGAAUCAGUGAUAUGUGCAUGGUCAUUAUACAGGAUGUGUGUGCCAGAUUGAAGCGAAUUGAAGUUGAUAGCACUGACAAUACAGAAUUGAGCUUAGGAACGACUUUAUUCGAGCUUUACCUUACGCUUCAAAGAUUCGCCACACUUGGUCAAAUACUUUGUGCCGAAGGACAAUUAGAGGAUAUGAAGAUACAAAAUUAUUAUGAUUGGUUUAGAAGUGGUGUCGCACAUUGGCUAGAUAUUGCAGUAUAUAAAGCACUUAAACGCAUCGAUAGAGCAGUCGAAAUUGACACCUUGCAAGCAGUUGACAAUAGUGUUCAGUAUAGUUCCAGCGCUGUAGAUACUUUAACAACCUUUUAUCAAAUUAAAGUCUUUUGGACGCAAUUAGCGUGGCCUGAUGUCGAAGGUUCCUACACGUUCAUUGCAAAAAUUAUUGACGAUAUUUGUAAAUGUUCCAUUGCAUACGCCGAUAAAAUGGCGGAAAAAGCGGAAUUGACAACGGAAUUAGAGCAACUCUCGCAAAGCAGCGUCUAUGAAAAGAAAUUUACAAUAUCGACAGCCUGGUGCUUUGCGAUUAAUAAUAUAGAUUAUAUUAGAACAUCAAUCGCACCACUCGCCAAAGAUUUAGGAUUGCAAGAUAUUGUGGAUGCUUUAGGAGAACAUAAGACUCAUGAAGAGGCUGAGCGUUGUCGACAGACUCUUCAGCUUAUCAUUGAUAACGCCACAGAUACUGUGAAGAAUAAGAUCAUAGAAUUGUUGGAAGUUGUAGCUAACAAAAUGGCUCCUGCAAUGAAUAGAUAUCUCAUGGAAGGUGCCGAAUUAAUUGACACUACCAGCAAUGCAAUGGAUCGCCUGCUACAGUAUUUAGACAGUAAUCUAGUAAUUUUGCAUGACAAUCUCAACGAGGAUAACUUUAACAGAGUUCUCCUAGUGAUUUGGGAAAUUAUGUCGCAGACGCUGUAUGAGUUAGUCAACAUUAAUUUAGAAAAACGACGACCACCAGCAUUUUAUUCAAACUUACACAGAACUCUUCACACGCUUAUCCGCUUCUUCAAUCUUGGUGCCGAUGAAGCAGCAAAUGUGCAAGUUUUAGAGAAAAUUGAACGUCUUUUAAAAUUACAUGGACUUGAGACUGCCGAGCUCAUACAUCGUUAUCAUCAGGAACGUAUGGAGGAACAAAAGGAAAUAGAAGAACCUAUUUAUGGUCUUAUUACUGUGAAAGCAUUUUUCGUCGACAAUUCAUUAAAUAUACAAAUUCUAAAUGCCAGAAAUCUUCGUUGUAUGGAUAGCAAUGGCAAUUUUAUAGGCAAGCUGUCUACUCUCGAGCGUAAACUACAUUCUAAAUCUAAACAAAGAAUCAAAGAAGGGAAGACAAGUAAAUGCGAUUCCUACGUAAAAAUCAAAUUACUACCUGAAGAGAAAUUUGCCGAAAUCAAAGCACCGAAGACGCAUGUGCAAAAAGAAACACUUUUUCCUCUUUUCGACGAGACAUUCAACAUUCCUCUUACUUCGGAACAAAGAGCUAUAGAAAAUGCUAUAGUAGCAUUUGAAGUAAAAGACAAAGAUUUUCUUAGAACAAGAUUUAUGGCUGAAGCCUUUCUACCAUUUAAGGAAAUUCCUGACACUGAACCAGAAACUAACUUCGCAACUUUAGAACAAAUUCAUUUGAAACUUUCUCGUCCGACCAAAAAAGAUACGGAUGUCAUUCGAGCAUUGGAGCAUCGGAAAGGAGACAACCAGGCAACAGACUUUAUUUCAAGACUUAAUAUUAAAGCAAAUUCGAAAUGAUCCACGUGGAAUUUUGAUAUUGAUUUACGUAUGGAUAAUUUUCGUAAACAUGCAAUGCAAAAUAUAUUUACAAAACUCAAUUUAUACAAUUUAUACAAAACAUAUAGACAUUAGUAUGCCAAUGUUGCCUUACGAAAAGUUGUUGCGAAUAUUCUUGGCAAAUAUGCUUUAGUCAUCGCGCUAUUGUAAACUUCUUUAACGCGAUGCUUAAAAGUGUCAAAAGGCUGUGCAAUUUUGAUUGUUUUUGCGGUUUUGGAAGAAUUAUUAAACAUCGCAUUUUUCAAAACUUUAAACAAAAACUGCAAGGCUGAGUAAGUGCUAUUAUUUGUAAAGUCAGAGAGCUAUAAUUAUAUUUAUUACUAGAUAAUUAAGUACAAUUAAUUAUUGAUCAUCUAUAUACUCGAAAAUACUUUUGUAAUAUAUAUAUAUAAUAUAACUUAUACAAUAUACAUAUAAUACUUAUAAUGUACUGCAAAUUUGGAAGCAUCUUUUAUAUUAUAUAUACAUAAGUAAUAUUAUGUUAGUAAAUAGACUAUGUACAUAAAACCUAAUUAUAUUUUAAGUAACUAACAUUAUUAUUCUUUCUCUCUAAUUACUAGUAUUGUUAUAUGAUGUCUUAAUCAAACAAAUAUAUCUUUAAAAAAA